AUGGAGCCAUUCAGCGAACAGGAGAAGCGACAGCUUCUUACUGAGAUACUCAAGCAAAGCCAAAUCGACAACCACCAAUUGUACAGAGUCCUUGGGCACUUCAAUAUUUCGCCUAACUGGUUUCACCUGGCAUUGCCAAAUGGUCGCAACCUAGCCCAGUGUCAAGCGACUCUUGUGAUGAUCGGAAACGAAGUAACUGCGCAAGGGACCAAACGAAAAGCUCCAGGCGAUAGACAAAGCAGUGAAUGUGGUAACGGCGUUCAACCGUCCGGCUCUCAAGGGCCUCAGGCGCAGCCUCUACAUACUGCAGCACAGAAUCCUCAAACGAACGUGCAGCACCAAUCAGCCAUGCCUGUUAACCCCCAGCAGUACCAGUAUCAGCCUGGGCCUCCGCCUAAGAAGAAGGGUCGUCCAGCCUAUGCAGGUAGAAACGUAAUGGGCCAGCAACCUUUCAACCCUCGAGCUCUUGCUCCCAUGCCUAAUCAACAAAUCGUACAGAAUGGACAGCCGUCUUUCCGGCCUAUUGCUCCGGCUCCCCAGCUGCAUCCUAGCGCGGUCACGGUGAUUGAGCCAGUUGUUACCAGUGGCAUGAAUCAGGGGCUUAUGUGUGCACCACCCACACAACAGCGGGGUGUAGUAAUGAAAACGCACAGGUACCAGACGGAGAUGGUUCGUCAGAGAAGUGACCAAAAAGCCCUUGCGGCACUGAGCCGACUUCCAGGGCAAGCACCCGACCGCCCUAGAUCAAGCAGCGACGCAAUUCCUAGCGUUUCGAAGCAGGAAGCGACAGAGCAAGACCGAUCACGCUCUGUUGAGUUAAUCGAGGCAAAGGAGCACACCAGCGACGCUGAGGAUGAUACACCAGACAAGGCGCAGCAACAGAACAAUGGAAGCCCCGAACCGAGCAAGGUUCUACGCCGCAGUCAGCGUAAAGUUUGA